AUGCCUCAUGGUGCCGGCUUGUCUCCGCACCGACCAGCUGUGGCUCAAGCUCUGCACACCCCAACACACACAGCUCUGUGUGCCAAGCUGAAACCAGCAAUCUUGGGUCCCUCGUGUGCUGCUAACAGCUGGGUAACAUGUUUCUCCCUUGCCUCCAAUGCAGCUGAUUUUGAGGACGUGGGGGCCACUGUGAACGGAGAUUUCUUUCAGGAAUCCAAUGGCCCCACGGACGGCUACGCAGCCAUCGCCCGGGCUGACAGGCUGACCCAGGAGCCCGAGAGUAUCCGCAAAUGGCGGGAGGAGCAAAAGAAACGGUUGCAGGAGCUGGAUGCUGCUUCGAAGGUGAUGGAGCAGGAAUGGCGUGAAAAGGCCAAGAAGGACCUGGAGGAGUGGAAUGUGCGUCAGAGUGAGCAGAUGGAGAAGAACCGAGUUAACAACAGGAUUGCUGACAAAGCAUUUUACCAGCAGCCGGACGCCGACGUGAUCGGCUACGUGGCCUCGGAGGAAGUCUUCCUGAAGGAGUCCAAGGAAGAAAACCCUGGCACAGAGUGGGAGAAGGUGGCCCAGCUGUGUGACUUCAACCCCAAAAGCAGCAAGCAAUGGAAGGACGUGUCGAGGAUGCGCUCGGUGCUCAUUUCCCUCAAACAGACGCCCCUGUCCCGCUAACCGCCCACCCAGCACGACCAAAGAGUGGGGGGGGGGCAGGGGAGGACACGGGCCACUCCUCCGCCAGCGGGCUCGCCUGGACAAGCACAGCAGGUUCAGUCGGACGCCAGCAAGGGGCACUGCUGCCCCUGCCUCCGCUCCCCCACCCCCUUUGCUCCCUGGUGUGCGUGGCUGGCUUGGUUGGGUUGCUGGUUGUAACCGUCCCGAUUUUCCUUUGCUUAAAGGGUGCAUUGGUCUCUUUUUACACUUAUUUAUUACCAUGGUGGUUCCCUGGGCAACAGGGCUGGGCUCCCUCCCCCGCUGCCUCUGGGGCAGGGAGCUCGACGCCGACAGGCUAGGCACAGGCCUCUGACGCUGCGAGAGAUCCCGGGGUCUCCUUGCCGUCCCUCACAUCGACUCUCCCAUCUCUGCCUCAGACCCAUCCAGCUUCUUCCCCCGGGGCAGAGAGCUGAGCCAGUCCGGUGGGUGCAGACCCUGCUGCCUCUUGGCCACGGCACUGGGUGAGAGUGGGAUGAGAGGCAGCAUUGUCUAGUAUCCUAGCAUGGGACUGGGAGCCAGGAUGCCUGGGUUCUAAUCCCAACUUCUCAUGGGACCCUGCCCCUCGUGUGUCCGCCUGUAACGGGGGAUGAUGCUGCGCUGCCUGCAGGGGGUGGCUGUGACACUGGGAGGGGCAGGGCCAGUUCAUGGCUGCACAGGUGUGACGUCGGCUGGAGGCAGCGGCUGGCUGCACACAAGCUGCCAGGGAAAAAGGAGAAUUCAGUCAGGGACACUCCAGGCAAGGCAGAGCUGAGAGCAUGCAGGAGCAUAACCCCCAGCUCCUCCUCCAGUGUUAGUCUGUGUUUCUAGCAUUGCAGGACUGGAGAGGCAAUGGCAGUGGCUACCCCUGCCCUGGGGAACUCUCUGCCACAGGACAGUGCUAAGGCUGAGCUCACGGGAUUGGGCAUGCGGCUGGCUAAGGACACAGCGAUGGCUUUGACAAGUCAAGGUCAGGGCUCAGGAGACAUCUCCCCUAGGGGAGCUUAUUCCACCACUGCUCAUGAGGGAACGUCUUGUUCCUCCCUCUGGAGCACCCGCUCCUGGCCUAUCAUGGAGCCGGGAUACCAGGUUUGAUGGGCCCCUGGGCUGAGCUGCUCCGGCACUUCCUCUGCUCCUAUGUGAAGGGAGGGGAGUGCAGAGCUCAAGCAGAGCUGCCCCUGCCCUGCUGCAGGAGACACGGGCUGAGAUCCCCCUUUGAGCUUGGCCAGGGAGAGAAAACCCGUGCCCCCCCGCCCCCCUCCCCCCACAUGAACUUGAUACUCCCCCAGGAAAAACUCUAGCGCUGGUGUUUGGACUCUGCCCUGCCUCUGAGCAACUGAUGGGCCCUGGAAAAGUAAGGGGAGGGCCUGGCGUGGGGACAGGUACUGGCUGAGGCAGCCUGGCCUAGGGGCUUGUGGCUGCAUGUUUCUUUUGUCCCACCCCUGGCCUGCCAGCUAAAGGGACCCCACUCUCCUCCCCUGCGCGAUGCCCUUUGGGGAGGGGGCUCAGCUUCCUCCCCAAGCCCCUUCUCAGCUGCUCUGUCAAUAGGUGCUUGGUGAGGCUAGGGCAGCGCCAUGCAGCUCCCAGAACCCAUCUGUACACUCAAGAGCAGACAGGCCCGCUAGACCCACUUCGCCCUGGGGCUCUGCCUCCUGCCAUGUUCUUGCCGUCUCUGUCCUGGCCGCAUUCACCUUGGGCAGGGACUGGGUCAGGCGUGGGACAGCUCGCACAGGGCAUGCAGCCUGGUGUGCUGGGUGGGGAGAGCAGGCUGGGAGGAGACACUGGCAGGGAGCUCAGGGCAAAGUCCAUAAAGCCAGGAGCCCCUUCCAGCCAAUGGGGUGAGGCACAGGGGAACCUCUCUCCCCUGCAGACCCAGCCCUGCCCCAGCUGAGUCCUGCUGCUCAGGUUUAGGGCUGCGGCUCUUGGCAGGAGGACGUGGCUGCUCUGAGACGCCCGGCCGGGAUUCCCUGCUCCAGGACCCUGAGAGCGGCAGAGCAGCAGCCUGAAACUGGGCCUAGCGCCUGCACGAAUGGAGGGUGGGUGGGUUUGACUUCCAUGCCAGUGACAGUGAUGCCUCCUUUCACGCGGGCUGUGCGGGCCGCUCCCAGGCUUCAUUGCUGGGCAGGUCUGUUAAUUACUGGGUGUGUCAGCGGCUGAGGGCGGUAGCCCAGGCUCCCCAAGCCUGCAGAGGCUAAGCCGCCCAGCUAGCCCAUGGGAGAGUCCCCCUACCCUGCCUUGUACGCCUACCAGCAGGAAGCACGGCCUAGGCAUCCCGCCCUCAUUUCUAGCAGGGAGCAGGACCCCAGGGUGAUAGCUGGUGCUGCUGCUUUACAGACAAGGGCCCGGAUCCUCCUCCAUCCCAGGUGGCAGCUCUGGCUGUUCUGUGUCCCCCCAGCUUUGGUAUAUGUGACCUUGUACAAAUAAACUGACAUGACUCCCACCCA